UGAAUCUUAACGAUAUUAAUAUAACUGGGUUAUCAUUUAAAAAAAAUCAAAAUAAAAAUAACCGGCUGGACCCAGUCCCAAUACAACCUACUACGUACGAAGUAUUUCAUUUUAGUGAGAGAAACACUCAAUUGAGGAGAUUUUUUUCUAUGAUUUGGUGGCUUGAUGUACGGUUUUGCUUAAUGGCUACGUGCUCUCUACUUGUCUGGGAGUAUUUACUCCGUCAUACUUGUCUGACUAAUUUUCUGAACAAACAAAUACUAGAAACUCACUCAUAAAAGCUAUGCUGCAACGAUUUUUUCGUCUCUUCAAAACCUUCAUCGCAUCAAUAAUGGCUUCAACUACCUCACCGAAACUGGUCCACGAUUUCUUCCCCUUUUUCCGCGUCUACGAGGACGGCCGCGUCGAGAGAGGAAUCAACUACGUCUCCAAACCUCCAUCCGACAACCCCGCAACCGGCGUCAGAUCCAGAGACGUCGUCAUCGUACCGGAACACAACGUCUGGGCUCGCCUUUACCUCCCCAAAAUCACCGACCACGGCCAAAACUUCCCCGUUCUCGUCUACAUCCACGGCGGCGCGUUCGCGAUCGAGUCCGCUUCCUCCUCCACGUACGAUUCCUAUCUCCACGCGUUGACGGCCAAAGCGAACGUCCUCACCGUUUCAAUCGAUUACAGAUUGGCUCCAGAGCAUAAGCUCCCCGCCUGUUACGACGAUUCGUGGGCGGUUAUUCAGUGGGUCGCGUCACACGCUCAGGAAGGUGGAUCCGGAUCCGAUCCGUGGCUGAAAAGCCACGCGGAUCUCGCCCGGGUUUUCCUGGCGGGCGAUAGCGCGGGGGGCAAUAUUGCUCACAACAUGAUGGUGAAAGCAGGUGGGAGUGGGUUGAAGCCGGUGGGAAUGAUUCUGGCCCACCCGUAUUUUGGAAACGGGAAGCCUGACAAGCUGUGGGAGUGCGUUAACCCGGAAUCAAAGGGGCCGGAUGACCCGAUGCAUAACCCGGCGGCUUCUCCGGAAAUUCUUUCCGGGCUGGUGUGCUCGAAAAUCAUGGUGGUUAUUUCGGAGAAGGAUUUCAUCAGAGAAGGGGGAUUGAAAUAUUACGAGGCGCUGAAGAAGAGUGGGUGGGGAGGCGAAUUGGAGGUCGUGGAUGUGGAAGGCGAAGUACACGUCUUCCAUUUGUUGAACCCGACUUGUAAGAAAGCGGGUUCACUCAUGGACCGGGCCGUUUCAUUCCUCAAUAACCUUUGAUUGAAUUGUACGGAUUAAUACUCUUUAAUUAAUUAAUAAAUGAAGUGCGAGUAGUAAUCUCCUUCAAGCUUUCUUGCUCUUCCGUUUUGUCUGCUAUUCUUGCUUUCUUGGGAAUUUUGAUUUUAUAAUGUAUAAAAAAAUGUGUAAUAUACUUUUGUGCUAAUGGAGUAAUGGUUUGCUU